CGACGACGAGCCCAGAACCGUUCGACGCAUCCACCAUCGUACUCGAAUACUCGUCCCUUUUCAGUCUGCUGGUCGGAUCGUCCGCUGCAUCUACGCAGUCUCACCUAUGGCGACUACCUUCGCCCCGUCCCCGCUCAACACCGCUCAGUCUACCUCUCGUCAGCAAUUCUUAGCUCCGAAUUCACCUCCUCAGCAACAACGGAGACUUAUCUCGCGGCAGCGCUUCAUCCAAGACUUCUCCCAAUGUCUCUUCGAGUUCGUCGUUCAGCUCCUCCCAACCACAGAGGAGAUGGCUGUCAAGGAGGACGUUCGCAAGCUCCUCGAACGCUUAAUCCGCACAAUCGAGCCCGAUAGCAGGCUGCUCUCCUUUGGAAGCUCUGCCAAUGGCUUCAGCCUCAAGAACUCUGACAUGGACUUGUGCUGUCUCAUUGAUUCCGGGGAACGCCUGAGUGCGGCCGAUCUCGUCACCAUGGUUGGGGAUCUUCUAGAACGAGAGACCAAGUUUCAUGUGAAGCCGCUCCCUCAUGCACGAAUACCGAUCGUGAAGCUCAACCUCGACCCUUCGCCUGCAUUACCCUUUGGCAUCGCCUGCGAUAUUGGGUUCGAAAACAGGCUUGCGUUGGAGAACACGCGGCUAUUGAUGUGUUAUGCAUCCGUGGACCCCGCCCGAGUGCGGACAAUGGUUCUAUUCCUGAAAGUAUGGAGCAAACGACGCAAAAUCAAUUCCCCAUAUAAAGGCACCUUGUCUUCGUACGGCUAUGUGCUCCUUGUAAUCUACUUCCUUAUGCAUGUCAAGACCCCACCAGUACUUCCUAAUCUACAGCAAAUGCCGCCUCUGCGGCCUAUAUCAGAGGAAGAAUCACAUCUAAAUGGAUAUAACAUCUGGUUCUUUGACGACAUAGAGCUCCUUCGGCAGCGAUGGAAGUCAGCAAAUACGGAUACUGUCGCAGAACUGUUGAUUGACUUCUUCAAGUUCUAUUCGCGCGACUUCGCGUAUAACACUGCAGUGGCCUCCAUUAGGGCAGGUCUGCUUAAGAAGGAGGACAAGGGGUGGGCAACUGAGCAAUCCGACAUCGGGACCUCCCGUGAACGGAACCGCCUGUGUAUCGAGGAUCCUUUCGAGACCGACUUCAACGUGGCGCGGUGUGUUACUAAGGAUGGCCUCUAUACUAUCCGAGGAGAGUUCAUGCGUGCGUCGCGAAUAUUGCAGAGCAGACCCGACCGCGCGAUUCUCGCUCUUGCGCAAUUGUGUGAAGAACGGAAGGACGAGAGUCUGGGUCCUCCCCCAUCACAGCCACGGUCUGCCUUCGCACCGCCCCGUCUCAAUUCUAUCCCUCCUCAAACUCCGUACACUGUUGGCAGCAGCCCGAUGCGCCCAAACGGCGUGCCCGUGCCGGUCCCUGCCCCUGAAGAGCUUGCUUCUCGGAAGUUCUCACAGAUGUCAUCCCCUGUUUCUCCCGUCCCUUCCUCGCCCGGUGACUCACCUAGCGCUCGUUCCGCUAUCACGAAGGACACUCCUCUCCGUCUACCAGUAGACAAGCUCGACCACAUGGCUCCGAUACGGAGCAAGUGGACAAGCCCACCGCCCCCGGAAGCCACCGAAGAAGAUCGCUCUGCGUUCGAGAGCCGCCUCGACCAAGGACUGGCGCUCGCAACGUUCUCAGCAGGACCUCACUUACGUGACCGUUCGUAUGCAUCCUCGAACAAUAGCGAGACGCACACCGAUGAUGAGGCUCUGUCGAUGGCCGAGUCAGACGACUUACGCUCCGUGAGGUCGUUCAUCGAGGAGGGCGCAGUGCACUAUAGCCGGGAAUAUCGGGAACGCGAGAGGCAGCUGGCCAGUCUCCAUGCUCAGCAACAAGCCCUGCAACAGCGCCUACAGCAGCAGUACGGUAUCGAUUCUUCGUCAUCUGGGCUGACUGGCGGCCCGCCGUUGAACUCGCGCUUGGAAGGCGGCGUGGACGUGAAGAUGAUCUCCAGGUUACGGGGACGACCUGCAGGGCGGGUUGACCAGCAGCCGUCGAGCCCGAGCCUCGCAAACUCGGGAGGCCGAAUGACACCCGGCGACCGGAAUGAAGGGUUCACCCCGCCGCCACGCAUGGAUACGCACACGCCCCGGCGAUCCAUGUCAUUCCCUGUACGGAACCCCAACCGGUUCUCGCUUCCCGCCAUUCCAGCGGGGCUUCCCAACCAUCUGGCUGCUGCCUACCAAGCGCAUAUUUCCCCCACUCUAGGCCAUCCCGCGCCACGCUAUGUUCUUCAGGCUGCUGCUGAAGCGCACGCACAAGCACAGGCACACGGUAACGUGUACUAUGAGGCUAUGCCCGCCAGAGAACGGGUGUAUCGCACCAUGGCGGGUUUCAGCCCUCAGACGCAACAUACGUCGCCACAGUCGCUCUACGAUCAGGUUGGUUCCCAUGUGCGUCAGUCUGACGAAAGUCGCAGUAGGAGUAGGAGUAGAAGCCGAAGUCGGUCGCGCUCCGAAUCUCACCGCGACUCACCGAUCAUGAUCCGUCGCGGUCUUUCAACGGAUACCGAGGUGGAGGUACCUGUAGCAGGGCCCUCGCGGCUUCCCGCAGAUGCGCCUGCGUCGUCGUCGCUACACAACGAGCAGGGGCGGAGCGAGCGCAUGUACUCGCAUCAGCACACGCAUUCGAAUGCCACGAUCACGGCGCCUACGCCACCGGCGAACGUACACAACUUCCCCUCCUCUGUCUCUACUCCUCCCAUCUCGUUGCCCGUGCCCACGGGGUCUACCCUCGGUCCAAGGCAUUCGCAGUCAAGGUCGCGCUCACCGCCGUACCUUCCGACUCAGCGGAAUCCGCUAUACCCGUAUCAGUCAACGUAUCCCAGCCCCCGGUUGGGCGCGACGAAUCUCCCGCCACGAUUGCGCGCUGAUCGCGAACGCAGCCUUAGUGCACAGGGAAGCCAUACUGGACUGGCGCCCCUACCUGCCCAGCCAACAGUCUUCGACGCGCGGACGCUAGCCACGCCUGUGGUGCACCUCCGAACGGAGGAGCAAGAGCGGGCGCAGAUGCGCUCGGCGUCUCCGUUCGCAUCCAACUCGCAUUCCUCGGGAAGCGCGUCGCCCCCCACGUCGUGCACGAGCUCCCAAUAUGCCGCGUCGUCGUCCCCGCUGUCGACGUCGCCGCCGUCCCCGGCGCGCAGCGAGCUGAAGGAAAGGGGAGAGGGCGAGGGCGGAGGUGUCGUGAGUCCUCUCCGGUCGCCGAUACCUCUGUUGGAUGAGCCUGCGCCGGAGGUGCGGGAUGCGUUUGGGAAGGAGAACGGUUCGGGGACGCCAGUUCCUGUCUCUGUCUUCCCUGCUCCAGCUCCUGCCACUCCGGUCCCGGAACCCUCGGUGGAAGAGACCAAGCCGGUCGAAACACUGGUCGCGGGCUCCGAGGUGACCCCUGUUGAUAUGGACCAUUCUGUGGCUGCCGUCGAGGAGAGUAGGGACUCGCCUCAUCUUCCGACUCCGGGAGUUCUGAUCACGGAGAGCAGUCCUGUCGUCGAGCGCCUGUCGCAAUGUGCGAUCGAGGGGCAAGGAGACAAGGAUGUCUCGCGUGUCGUGCAUCAAGCCCAAGACUCGACCGUGCGCUCAUGACUCCUUGCGAUGAUGCUAUCGCUUUUCCCAGCCUGGUUCACAUCCCAGUUAUACCCGCGGCUGAACUGAAUCGACGGAACGGGCUUUUCCAGCACGCGCGCAUCGCUCGCCCACGAUCACCGCCGAACACCCUGUCAUCGGCACAAGCCUUGGCUGCUCGCCUGCGGACGCGCGCAUGUCUGCGUGCCACGCCAGCAUCUUGUAUAUGCCCCCAGUCUCGAACGAAUCUGUGUCCAAUACUGUCUUGCCCGUCUCUCGUCCCUGUCUGAAGAAAUCAAGGCUAAUAGUUUUCCGCCUUUGAUACAUCAUCGCCUCAUCUGGAUAGCAUACACUCACUUGCUUGCACCAGCCGGAUAAUCCCACCAGUCAACACUCCAUCGCAUCAUCAUCGUCCAAUCUUCGAGAUGUCUAGUAACCCAGUGUAUAUGGCACUCAAACGCCUCGCCUCGCCUCGAACGACCGUCAAUCCCUCUGUAUACGUCGAAUUGCUAUUUGCUGCCGCUGCUAUUGCCGCUUGCAUUCGUACAUGCCACACACAAAUCCUGCCGCACAUACCCUACUUCUCCCAGAGACCGUAAUCUUCCAUCUUUCCCCUCUCCCUGCCUCGGAUCGCCUUUGACUUUUUCGAGAGUCUGUUCCUUGGUAUGUACCCGUUGAGAGGAGGAGCCUGAGGCUCCCCUCUCUCCCUUGAUUUGCUUCGUUUUGGACAGGUACGCUACGUAUAGUCCUCGAUUGUAGCGCGCUUGGAUCGAAGGGGGUCCGGCGUGUGGGCUGCGCUACGCUUCGCCUUCGCGCGCACACGGUGCGGUUGUGCGUCGUGCCCUGCAUUGGACCAUGUCGUCGUCGUCGUAGUCCAAAGUCUUGCAUACCAUGUAUCGGUGUAGUAUACUUGUCGUGUAUGCAUCCACUAUGC